ACAACAACAUCAACACUCCCAAUCAUUCAAUCAACCAUGGCCAAGUCACAUCAGGUACCCCCGGAGAUUUUUCUUCAGAUCCUCAAAUAUGUCAAAAAUGGCAAGAUACCACCGUCGGAACAAAACGCCACACUCAACAGCCUCCGCCUACUCAACCGCGCCUGGUCCCCCAGCGCCACUGAGAUCUUGUAUCGCGACCUCAAAAUCCAUGGAAGUGAUCGAAUGGACCAGGAUCUCCAUCGGUUAUCGGUGUUGAAACAAAUUAAACAACCACAGUUUUCACCACUGGUCAAGGACCUCACUAUUGAACUCUCGCUGCAUGCCAAUGUCGACGACGAAACCUCCAUGGAUAAUUUCCAGGACUUGUUCACGACCUUGACUGAGUCAUUGCCAGGGACAGUUCCAACGCUGAAGAACCUCGAAAAACUUCAUCUGAUUCUUUAUGGGAGCUAUGACAGGACAUACCUCAGCGAGCAAGACGAAGUAUGUGUGUUGGUGGGCAACGCCCUCGCCCAACUUUCCGAGUCAAUUCCAUGGGAAUAUUUCGGUGCUAUCGGGAAAUCCCUGGCUGUUUCCAAGUUAUCGAAUCUGAAAGACCUACGUGUGGAUCUUAUGACUAUCUGCGAUCUGGGAAAUGCGAUCGACGAAGCAGAGAAUACAGAUCGCGAAAUCUUUGCGUCCAACAUCUCCCAACUGCGCUCGUUAGACUUGACAGUUAGCGUGCCUACAUGCUGUGGCUUGUGCGAAUGCAUGGCCGAGUCAUACAGCAAAGACCACCCUUUCACUGAUUCAUACGAGUGGGUAUGCAAUAGCAAUGUCAUUCCCCGCCUAUUCGAGUAUGGCAUUCCAAACCUCGAAUCGCUGAGGAUCGGAUGCAGCCCGUGGACAAAGGCGUAUCUGGAAAUGGAUGACUUCUUCUCCAAACUAUCGUACACCAAGUUGCGGGAUCUUCGUCUCGGGAAUGUCCAUAUCUCCACCGACACUCUACUGAAGGUUAUGGACAUGAAUCGCGACAGUCUCGAGGAGAUAAUGGUUACAUUUAUCGAUGGUACCGAUGCCAACAAGGAAGCCAUAGAGAAGAAGCUCAGUGAAAUGCCGAAUCUCGUGCUCGCCUCUAUUUGUGCGCAGAAUGGUCGAGGUGCCAUCCGGUUCAACCGGAAGCGAGGAAUUCACCAUCGAAAGCCCCCCAAGGGUGUUUAUAACUAGAUACACUUGUACAAUGCAUUAUAUGACUCCAAGUUGUUUGUCGGUAGAGCGCUUGGGCCGCUCCUGGGCUCUACCAGCUGAUCUUGCAGCUUCAAUGUUCUGCGUUCCGGUGGGUCUAGUACACAUUAUCCGUACCGUAAGGUAGAUAUCGCGUACAAGUCAAGGUCAAUGUGGAGAGUCCAUCCUAACUUGAUAGGGUGAGGUGAGCUUCUCACCUUAGAACUAGCGUGGCACACAAGGUAACUCAACAAGUUCCAAGCUGGGUUCUAAACUCUAAGGUGAGUAUGGGCCACCCUCCUUAUAAGUAAUUUAUAAGUAAUCUUUACG